AUGAUACGUCGUUUCAAUGCAACCGGUACAUUGGCUAGAACGACUUGUCCAAAAAGAGGACUACAUUUGAGUGAGUGUCUAAGGCGAAGAGCAUUGGAAAACAGCCAAUCACCCAGACAACCGAAUUAUCUGAAAGGUUCCAAGUCUCGAGGUGGUGAUACACAACUCGAUGAUUUUGAUGCUAGAAAUAACCACUCGUCAUUGCGAACACAGAUUAGUCACUCCAGCAAAUCUCACACAUUGCCCAAACAAUCGCACAGUGGGAUCAAUGAGACCCAAGAUGAUUCACGUUCCAAAACGAUUGAUAUCAGUUCAAUGAGAUCGUUCAUCAAAGGGGGUCAAGAGCUUGCACGUGCUGAAAUUGUGACAAAUAAAAGGCCAAAAGAGCUGGGGAAUGUCCGAAAACAUACGGUACUGCCUGAUUCAGCUGUUACCACGGAUAAUGCGACUGACUUCACAAAGCUUGCCGGGAUAAUCAAGUCGAAAAAGAAGUACUUUGAUAUCGAGCAACCCCAUUUCAACCUUGAUAGACCAAAUAAAGAAAUUCUUGCGGAUAUCAAAAAUCGGUCAGAGUCCACAAAAAAGCUUCAGUAUCGAGGACCGUCGAGUUCGUGGAAGAACGGACUUGACAACUAUAACGAACUAAAAAGCUUUUUCAAGCAACUUCCCAAAUCGGCCAAGAUUAAUGGGAGAGUUAUGAAUGAUCCUGUGAGAGUGGGCGAUUUGGUCACUUUUGGUCACGAAAGUCUUCGUUUGUAUAUUGUAGCUGAAACACCCAAAUCAUUUGAUUCACGAGUUGCCACGUUUCUCUCUGAUAAGGGGGAGAUUGUGUUUUCCAGCUUUUCAAACAUAGCUUACCGAAUACCACAAGCCAUACCUGGAAAGUACAUCCAAAUGAUUCAGCGCUUUGUUACUAAGGAGCAGAAAUAUUUAGAUAGUCCACCCGUGGGUAUACCCGACUUGAACUUUACUAGAUCUGCAAAGUCAUUGCCGUUAGAAUUACAAAGUUCAAGUAAAAUGGAAGCAACCAGUGAAACAGAAGGUGAAGUGUCAGAAUAUGAUUCCAAUGAUCUUGUCAUAUCUCAAGCCUCGUCACAGCUAUUGACCAAUUCGAAUGUCCAGACAUAUAUUAUACCGAAUGCUGCACGGGAAUUAUAUCAUGGGGCAUUAACAGAGAUAUCAAAUUCUGCUUUUCAAAAAGUACAUGAAACCAACCAAAAGUUGGAAGGUUUACAUAGGGUUUUGCAAAACGAUGAAACCGGUGAGAUAAGUGCACCACGUUCGAUCUCAAUUUUUGAAAUCUUGAGCAAAUUGAAUGCCAAUCCAACGCUCACAUCAACCUCAAGUAUAGCACAAUUGGGCAUCCUGCCCAAUCAGCUGGUCGACUAUGAUGCAAAGAAUUUUCCAGCAGCUGAUUAUUUGUCGGUCUUGUUUGCGUUAAAGAAACAGAGUCGUUUGUGGACGAUUCAGCGAGACAAAGCAUCGUUCUCUCCAACAAAAGUCAUAAUCUGGCCGUUGGCCCAGAUAUCCCACGAAGAUCAAGUGAUCAAAAUUUUACAGGGACGGGGUGUAGAGCAAAUCGCUCAACAUUGUGUUGCAAAACUUGUUGGCAUUGAGGACUUAUCCAAAUCUCAACUUUACAGCGAUGUGGUAGGCAUGUUGAAGGAAUACGUUAAUGGAAAGUUUGAAAAUGAUCCUAUGGUGUCAACGACUCUUAUAUCGUUAUUGAGACGGGUUGACCAAUUACUUGUUAAAAGAGGGAAACCAAUUUCAAAUGAUUUGUACAAAUUUGAAUAUUCUUUUGGAAAGGCAUAUGAUUUGUUGACGCGAUUGAAUGAGGAUAUAAAUGUCAACCCUGUCAAAUGGUCAGCUGAGUCAAGUCUACCAGGGCAAAAAACUUCUUCAAGAGCCGAUGCGCAGGAAACUUACUUUCAGUAUUUUGACAAAGUUUUAGAAUUGCAAAGGAAUGAGAGAGAUGAUGUCGCUCAAAGGACAUUGAAUGAUAAUUUGUACCACGAUGAUCCUCUUGACGAUAAACGAAUUGAUAUGAGAGAGGUACCAAUAUAUUGCAUCGACGACCCAACAGCACAUGAAAUCGACGAUGGGAUUUCAAUACAUGAAGAGAAUGGCCAAUAUGUAGUUUCAAUUCACAUAGCCGAACCCAGUUCGUACAUCAAACCAGAUUCAGUGGUCAGUAGAAUCGCGUUUGAAAAAUCAUCGACCACCUAUCUUCCCGAAGUUGUAUUCCCGAUGUUCCCACAAAUGGUAUCGAAACUUGCUGGGUUGGGUAAUAAUUUGAUAGACACAAGAACUUUUGUCGUGCAGUACAAGAUGAAGAAAGAGGAUGUUGAUGACUAUAUUAGUGAUGUGUUGAAAGAUAGACUGCAAGCGCCCGACAGUGCUCUCCUAAAUAAGAUCAAGACUGAUAUUUACGAUAGCAGCGAAGUCAAGUUUGCUAUUGCCAAGAGAUUUCGUCAAGGGUUCACCUACGAUGCGGUGAAUAAAUUACUCCAAGAUGAUUUUAAAAUCAACCAGUACCGAAACCAGUCAGCUUCUGGUGAUUCGGAUUUUGAUAAUUUAUUCAAAUUGCAACACAUUUCCUCCAUUUUGUGGCGGAUCAGAGAAUCAAAUAAUGCAUACACAAGUGGCCAAAACAAGAAAUUGACAGUUGGACCACGCACAGCUAAUGUUGUGGACGUUGAUAAAGAAGGGAGUUACAGAAUCCAGCUCCCCAAUAGUGACAACCACAUUGAAAUUUCGUCGGAAAGGUCAAGCAAUAUAUCUACGCAAUUAGUCACAGAAAACAUGAUAAUAGCCAAUCACUUGACAGCCAAGUUUGCUACUGAUAAAGGCAUCAAAAUUUUGUACCGGACUUUGGAUCCAAAGUUCAAUAAAGAACUAUUAGACGAGUACAAGGAGCUAAUUCAACAAGGAGACAUCGAUGUUGAUCAAGAAAAAUUGCUAAACCUUUAUGCAUUUUUGACAAGAGGAAUAAUUUCAGACAAACCAGAAAGGCACUUUAUGAUGGGGUUGAAUAUGUACACAAACAUAUCUUCACCGUUGCGACGAUUUAUUGAUAUGAUUAAUCAAUGGAAAAUCCAAGACUAUUUUCUUAAUAGAGUUACUGUUUCUGAUGAAAGUAUAGUAGGGAUUGUUUCUCGGUUGAAUGCCAAAAACGACAUUGUUAGGAAUGUUCAAAGACAAUCCACGACAUUUUGGCAAUUGUUAUUCUUGAAACUAUUUAACGAUCAGAAUGAUGGCAAUUUAGCUGAGAAGUUGGAUUUGAAAUUGUCACUCCGAUCUAAUCCAAAAAAAGGAAUGACUGUUGCUGUUAACUUGCAGACAUUCUCUAGUGUCAAUGCCCACGUUGAAGUGAGUCAAGAGUUGUUGGAAGAUGUGAGCUCUGGGAACCUCGUUGUUGGGGGUUUGUUUGAUAACUCAAAACUACACUUGAAAAAGAUUGAUGUAAUUGAAAAUCAAGUGGUGUUUGAAUACAAGUGA